UUAGGGCUGUGAUAGUACAACGAAAUCACGUGAUUUUUUGAUGAUAGAAUAUAAUUGCCAACGUAAUCGGCACUUGCAGCUAGUGACUUUUGAGUUUCCUUAGACAAGAAACAGUAGAGCAUCGCGUGAACCACGGAACAUACGGGUUUGGUGUUCGAAGCACCACGUUACCUCAGUAGAGUUAGGCUUACGUUGACACCGAACGUUCCUUUUCCUGUCAUUUAAAUCAUAGAGGUUGACUAGGAAGCAGCAGUUCAAGAUGAAUAUGCCAUCGCUGAUUAGCGAUCUACGGGAAUCGCCAACGUCUCCCAAUUAUUCCAUAGUCUUUGCUUUCGAGAGGAAUUUCGACAAAAGCUUGAAACGGGAGUGGAUGAUUCAACACUGGCAUCAGGCUUUUUAUUAUAUAGGUUUAUACAUGUUAAUGAUCUUCGGUGGUCAAGCUUACAUGCAAUCAAGACCCAGGUUUGAACUUCGAAGGACUUUAGCCGCAUGGAAUGUGUUCUUAGCAGCCUUUUCCAUUUUCGGAUUGUGUAGGACCCUUCCGGAAUUGGCUCAUGUGCUUAAAGAAUUUGGUUUCACCCAUUCUGUCUGUAAUCCUAGUUUCAUCGAAGAAGUAAAAGUCAGCGGCUUCUGGACAUGGAUGUUUACCCUAUCUAAAGUUCCUGAGCUGGGAGAUACCGUAUUUAUUGUCCUCCGCAAGCAGCAGCUGAUAUUUCUUCAUUGGUAUCAUCACAUCACCGUGUUGCUGUUCACGUGGUACAGCUACACGGAGCACAUCGCCCCCGCCAGGUGGUUUGUCGUCAUGAAUUACUUCGCCCAUUCCAUGAUGUACACCUACUACGCCAUGAGGGCCAUGCGGAUCAAGAUGCCUCGGUUUGUAGCCAUACUAAUCACAACUUCACAGAUACUGCAAAUGGUGGCAGGUUGCUUCGUCAGCUACUUCGGCUACUUGACCAGGCGGAAUGGCGAGUUUUGCCAACUGCCAGACAACAUUGCCAAUUACGCUUUGCUCAUGUACUUUUCAUACUUUGUGCUGUUCGCGCGGUUCUUCUACAACACUUAUCUCUCGCCGCCUUUAUCCAUCAAGGCCAAAAAAUUAGACUAAUGCUACUCUAGUUUAAGUUGAAAAAAUAACACUUAGGACAAAAUAAAGUUUUUCACCUCGAAGUAAAUAUCUCAUGAUGUUUCUAGAGAUCAUUGUUUAGGUCUUCAGUGUUCGUUCGUAACUAUUGCAAGCUGCCAAGAGAAGUGACUGUUCUAUUAGCCUCUGUGAUUGUUUAUUAUUCAAUGAGCAUUUGGCUUAGUAUUUUUGAAGGUUUUUCUUCAUUUUUAACUGUUUUUUGAACAAGAUGCUUUAAAUUGUUCAAGUUUUAAGAAUUUUUUAAAUUAGCUUUGUAUUUUAUACUCAGGUAUUGACAGCUUCAAAUUUUGCACACAAAUAAAGAUAAGUUAAAAAGUUUUGCACAUUCCAAAAACAACUUCAGAAAUCAACAAAUUCUAUUAUAUUCGAAUAACUAGAUACUAAUAUUAAAAGAAGUAUCAAAUUUCUGCAUGUGCGUUUGUUAAAUAUUAGACAAGCUUUGAAGAUUAGAAAUUUUACGAUUUUAAGAAUACAAUUUGAAAGAAGAUUAAACUUUAGUUUGCUUCAAAUUGAUUUUGUUCGAAAUAGAUAAAUUAUUUAAUGAGUAAUGACAGUAAUGUUGAAUUUUCUUUUUGUAAAGCGUGGUUGAUUCGUGGUUUUCUCGAAAAGUUGAAUUUUUUUUAUUGUUUGCAAUACUGUUAUUCCUUUAUUUGUUGAUUGAUUUGUUUACGUUUUUUUUUUAAACUUAGAACAGUAUACAGGGUGUUUAGAAAAUCUUAAACUGUUUUUAUCAAAAUAUUUUUUUAAGGUCAACAAGAUAUACAUUGGAUUUAACUUUUUAAGAAUUUCCCCCCCCCCCCCUUUUUGUGACCAACUUCCCCAAGUGCACCAAAAAGAAGAGCCCAAAUGCUAAACUUUAAAUGUUGAAAAUUACAAUGUGUAUCUUUUGUUCUUCAAAUAUUAAAGUUUCUUCAGCACCCUGUAUAAUUAGUUGUAAUUAUUUUUUCCUUUACAUUUGUAUCAACAAGUGGUAAUUUUCUCCUCAAACUGAUUUUGACAUUGGUAAAUUUUUAGUUUACACAGUAUUUGGAUACAUUUUUAAUAGAAUUUCGCAUCACAUUUUAAUUUGAAAGAUACAAUCAUUUUUAUCGAAAAACAUUGACAUUAUGUGUAUGUAUAUAUAUUUAAAUCUGUAACAUAAAAGCAAGCAACGAGUUCUUAAUUCUUAAAUUUCGUCUGAAAUAAUAAUAAUAUUCGUUACAAAUUCCUUACGUUUUAGCUUUAAUAUAAUCUAGUUUUUUAAGAUACUUUACUUUUUUUUAAAGUUAAGUUUAAAUAUUCAUCGAUUUAAGCAGUAUAGAUUGUUUAUUUGUUUUAAUAUUUAAAUUGUAUCUUAACUAGGUUUUAACAGUGUAGUUCUCACACUGCGGACAAAAAGUAGUUUGCUUGUUGAUCCAUGAAAAGGUACCAAUUAAAACUGAGUAGUAGAAAAUGUAUUAAAAUUUUUGGCUUUGAGACAGUAAUUAACUGGAUAUUUAAAUGUAUGGAAAAUUUACUUGUAAUCUGUAUUGCCAAUGUGCUGCAUGCCUGAUGCCACACAUGGUAUGUAAGUUUUCAGAAUUAUUGUCAUUUAUCUGUUUAAGUUUGAACGCAUAAAAUUUGCUCAGUUUUUUGAACAAAUGGACAAAUGCAUAUGUUUCAAUAUUGAAAAUACAUCGACAUUUGUUCCUUUCAUGUCUGAAAAAUUAUUCAGUCGGACCUCUAUUUUGCGAUCUUUUUUCUGUAAAAAGUCUUUCAAUAGUUUAUUAAAUAGAGAUGAAUUUUAAUUUGAAAACUAUUUUCGUUUCUUCAAUCAAUCAGUUUUAAACAUAAGUGAAAACUGCAUGUUAAAUUUCCUGUUGGAAGGCAACCCUUUGCACCGGCCUUGUGUGCACAGACCGAGAGGCAUAUAAACAAUCUUUACUCAGCUAGGGACCUUGUAAUAGAUUGGGAACUCCUGAUUGGUCAUCGAAGUAGAUGCGUCAUCCGUGUUUUUAUCCCAUCAAACAGAUGUGAACAAACUUCGCUCUUCAGAGUUCUGAAUUCACGUUUGGGUGCUUUUGCUCCCCUCCCCUCUUUGAAUUAUGAUUAUUAGACAGUGUUUCAAAAUUAAACAAUAAUUAGAGCAUGCAAAACAAGGUAUAACGAAAUUGAUGACAUUUUUAACUGUUAGCAAAUCAGCAGUCUUCAAACUUCCUUAUGGUCUCUAUCAAAGUAAAGGUUGUUUAGAUGCAGCCGAGAUACCGCAGUGAAAUCAAACUGAAUUUUCUAAGUACUGAUUGUUGCAGAAGCUAAUCGCAAGUUGUUUUUUAGAAAAGUUUCGUAACAUCGAGAAUGAUAUCACUUGUAUACACUUCAUUCAUUCAAUAUUAGAGUUGCUUCUUAGGAAUAGGUUUGCUUUUUUAAGUUAAACAUUAGCAGUAUAGAGGUCCAACUGAACCUUUAAAUUGCAGGUAACUUAUGUUCUGACAAAAUCUAGUUUGAGAGAAUGAUUUGUAUUAAACACUUUUUCCCAAUACCACAUCCCACCUAUACGAAAUAGCCAUUUAAUUAUAGGCUAUCGUUAGGACAUUUCAUAGCCUUAAGAUUAAAUGCUUUUUGGAUAAUCAAGCUAACGCUGGUAGAAUUUGACGGAGUAAAUUUCCUGCAUGUUACAAAGUCGGGUGGAAGCUUUUGAUGUAUAGUUGCUUCCCUUGUCAUUGGUCCUUUUUAUAGCUCUGUAGUGUGAUGUACUUCUGAAUGCAGGUCCUUUUUAUAGCUCAGGGUCCCUAAUCUCGAUUCACUUCACUCGGUGUAAAUCAGCACCUUAACAUAAGUUAAUUAAGCGCUGAUGUGUGAAAGAUCUUUUUCACUACUUUACUUAGAAAGUAGUGUUUUAUUUUAUUUUUAAACCAAAUGAACAGAGACGCUGGUUCACGCAAAGUGAAGUGAAUCGUAUAGAGUGAAGCGAGAUUAGGAAUCGUGUGGUGUGGUGUGUUUCUGAAUGCAUGUCCUUUUUAUAGCUCAGAGUCCCUAAUCUCGAUUCAUUUCACUCCGUGUAAAUCAGCAUCUUAACCUAACAAGUGAACUAGGUGUUGAAAUGUGAUAGAUCUCUUUCAAAGACUUUCCAAGUGAAAGUAGUAGUGUUUUAUUUUAGUUUUAAAUCAAAUGAAUAGACACUGGUUCUCGUGGAGUGAACGAGAUCAGGAACCGUGUGAUGUGGUGUCUUUCUGAAUGCAUGUCCUUUUUAUAGCUCUGAGUCCCUAAUCUCGCUUCACUUGGUCAGUCACUUCACUCCGCGUGAAUCGGUGCCUUAAUAUAAUGUCCCUUUCAGAAUUGAAGUUAACAAAGAUGAAGUUUUUGUUACCGAGUGAACCAAGAUGCUGAUUCACGCGGAGUGAAGUGAAUCGGAUAAGAGAGUAGGGGUCCUGUAGUGUGAUGUAUUUCUGAAUGCAGCGCACAAUCUGUUUAAAAUUUUGUGUAAAAUUAUUCUCCGAUUGUGUGUUAAUGUUUCAGUAUAUUUUGUGUUGAAAUUUGUUUGUAUUUCAUUAUCAGAUCUUCCAUUAAACUGUAAUUAUUUUCAUUUCUGAAAAAGAGCUGUUGCGGUGUAUUAUUUUAAGA